AUGGCAGCACUACAACAAGCCAUAACAGACAACAAAUAUGCUUUGCAUGAGGCAGCCAGGGAUGGGAAAGCUCAGAUAGUCGAGUCCCUCCUCGCCGCCAAGCCACGGCUGGCGACCAAACAAGACGAAGAUGCACGCCUCCCUCUCCACUGGGCAUGCUCAUACAAUCACUUGGACAUCGUACGGCUAUUAACAGCGCAGAAAUCUUUUGACCCGGAUGUACAAGACGGAUCAGGCUGGACGCCAUUGAUGAUCGCCUCAAGCCUGAAAGACAACUCGGGCACCGAUAUCGUCAACCUCCUCCUCGAGACCAAAGAAGCGUCGCCCAUGAUCACAACCAACACAGGCGCCACGGCUCUCCACUUCGCCGUCUCGAAAGGCAAUCUGGACAUCUGUCGUACGUUGCUGAAGCACGGUGCCAGUGCGCGUACGAAGGACGUGCGAGGUCAAUUGCCCCUCCAUAGGGCUGCCGCCAUCGGCAACGUGCCGAUUGUCAAGUUACUGCUGGAGAAUAAAAGUCCCGUAAAUGCUACGGAUGUCGAUGGCAUGACGGCCCUGCAUCAUGCCAUCUGCGAGGGAAACGGCGAUGUGGCGGUCGAGUUACUCAAGGCUGGUGCCGAGACCGACAAGAAGGAUGGUGAUGGGAGAUUGGCGAUGGAUUGUGCGCCAGACGCGAAGGUGCGGAGCUUCAUUCUGAAGGCCGCGGAGCGCGAGGGCAUUGAUCUGGAAUGA